CAAGAUGAUAUCCAUUUUGGUAUUUUUUGAAGCCAAAUUUUCCCUAGAUCAUCAUAUCAAGAUCGUAUCGGUUCAUAUCAUUCAUAUCAAAAUCGUAUAAUUUCAAAUCAAUAUGAUAUCAGUUCAUAUCAUUAAUAUCAAUAUCAUAUCAGUUCAUAUUAUUUUCAUAUAAAUUCAUAUACGCUCAUAUUAGCUCAUUUCAUUAUCAUAUAAAUUCAUAUAAAGUUCAUGUUAUUCAUAUCAAGAUCAUAUUAGUUCUAUACCAUUCACAUCAAGAUCAUAUUAGUUCAUAUCAAUAUCAUAUAGUCCAUAUGAGUUUAUAUAAGUUCAUUUAAAAAAAAAUCAUUGUGUAGAUCUUAAUAAAUGUGUUCUUUCUAUACAAUUAUUUUUUUAAUCUUGAGUUGAAAUGAAGGAGAUGGAUCAUCAUAUCACUACUAUAUCAUGAUGAUAUGAUUGGUAUGAUGUUAGUAUGAGGUAUUGUACUUGAUAUGAUUGAUAUGUCAGUGAUAAUACUACAACCGACACGUGUUUUUAGCAACAACAAUGGCUUUUUAGCAACAACAACAUGCGAUGAUAGAAGUAGGAAAAGCUAUCAAAAUUUUAUCAAUGGCGACGAUAUGAGUGGACAUGCACAUAUUAUUAAUUUAUUAUCAAUGUUCUUUUAAUUGGAAUUUUAGGACCAACCCCUUCCGAUUGUUAGCCUUUUCCACGUAAACACAGAUCUCCUCUCUAAUGAUGUGAUUUUUUUCUAACAAGAUUUGAGUCAAAGUUGUAACAAAAAAAUUUCAACAAAUAUUACAAUUUUACAGUCGAUAGAAUCGCACAAGAGGAAUAUCCCUCCCUCAUCAGAAUAUUCCAAAAGAUUCAUUUACUCUUCAUUACCCCCCAGCACUCCCACUAUAAACAACAACAACACCCCAAAUCACCAUAUUAUCAAUCAGCAAUAGCCACCAUAAGACAAUUAGCAACCAAAAAACCAACCCAACCCGAAUCCAUCAUGAGUACAACGACGACGACGACGACCGCGGCGGCAGCGACGGCGAUACUAAUGACGAUAAUGUGUUCAUCAUGGGCAGUAGUGGAAGGGCAGAUCAUAAGAACCGCCGACGUGACGGUGACCAACUUGCUGUACAGGCAUCACUACCUGACGAUGCAUUGCAAAUCGAAAGACGACGAUCUCGGGGUCAGAGUGCUCCCAAAGAGGGGAUCGUGGAGCUGGCAUUUCGUCCCAAAUUUCUGGGGCACGACGCUCUUCUUCUGCGCCUUCAAGUGGGAUACCAGCAACGGGCUGCACUGGUUCGACAUUUACGUCCAGAAGAGGGAUCAGGAUCGCUGCUCUGUUUGCAAAUGGAUCGUUACGCAGAGAGGACCUUGUUGGUACAACGCCACCUCCGGUGGUUACACUGUUUGUUACCCUUUUAACAACAACAACCUGGCUAUAUAUAGCUAAGGUUAUUAGGUUGAGAUUAAUUAAGAAUAUUUGAUUAGUUUCUUCGUAAUUAGGUCUAUUUCUUUUUGAGAUGAACUAAUUAAUCCUGUGGGUGAUUAUUAGUAGUGUCAAUUACAUUUUUUGAAAUAAGAUCGUGAUAGGGUUAGCUACGACCUAAGCAAAUCACUAUUGUUGAGCUGAGCUCAUGCAAUGUUUCACUCUUCUUCUGCUCCUUAGUGAGAGUGAGCUCCAACUCCGAUUGUUCAGUUCCUGCUGAAGAUUUUUCAUUUGUUUACUGAUUACAAUACCUAAAUCUUUUAAUUGAACCUGAUCGAGUGCACAAGGGGGAAAGAAAACCAACCUUGGGGGUUUUUUUUUUAAUCUAGGUGCAAGCAUGCUUUACAUUUGCAAUUGCAAUUGUUGCCGCAUGCUGGUUUUUUUUAAUAACCUAGAACAUUCUCAGACACACACCGUUUGAGCGAUGACAGAGCGAGACCAAAUUUAGGGUUCAAUUGCUUGAGUGGAUCCUCUGCCGGGAUCUCCAUCAAAUGACUCUGGAAACACUAUAGUGGGCCUCGAUAGGGGUCGAAUAUGUGAUCUGCCACUUUACGGAACGAGCGCCCACUAAAAAUUUCACCGCUAGACUAUGUGACCUUUAACAACGUAAUUCUUUGACCUCUCCGGAUAUCGACAGAGAAUGAAGUUCAAGACUCACAAUAUAGCUAAAGUUGAGGAGGUUUAAUUUACCGAUGGAAUUUUCAGUUAGAAAUCUUCAAUAUGUUUCAUUCAUGCUCUAUAUUCUCAAAUGUCAAAACUAGGUCCAUCAAAUGCAUCAUUUACAUACCAUGUGGGAACAAGAAAACGAAAUAUUGCACAUUACUUACGAAUUUGUCAAAUUGCCCCUCAAAGAUGUUCAACAGGCAGACUUGUUAAGAUCAAGUAAAGGGAAACAACAGCCAUAAUCGAGAUAAAAAAAUGUUAACAUUCGAAGUUGAAAAUAUGUAUUACCUUAAUUAAGAUUAUCGAUUCAGUGAGAUUAAUUUACUGUACUAACCCAUUAUUGUAGGUGUUGACUUGAUUUAACUAAUCAAUUGGUUUGCAAUAUGUAUGGUUAGAUUAUACAUUAGCUAAGAUAGAUUCUUAAUAAAGGGCCGGAAAUAAAGCAUACACAUAAAUAUAUUUAGUUCGUUGUAUAUGAUGAUUCAUUUUUCUUAUGCUCUUAUUGGUCUUCCUAAUUACCAUAAUAUUGUCGUGUUCUAUCAAUUAUUUAAUUUGGUUUUAUUUUUAUUUUUUAUCAUUAGAUCACUCGAGUCAUCGAGAAACAUAGAUCAAGUAUGUCCAUACAUCAUACUGAACCAGGAUGUGAAAUAAAAACUCAUUAAAUUUGAGAAUAAAUAACGGGCAUUUUUCGUCGACAAAUGAGUCGUCCUGUUACAAUCCCGUCCAACAAAGACCACAUCAAAACACUGGAAGAAACCACGCAGCAUAGCUAACUCCACAAGGACAGCGUCCCGCCUCUAGCAUCAGAAACACAUUCUUGCCUCACCUUAUCCAGGACAUCGUUUGCAUUCCCAGCAAAGACAGUCCGAGUAAGACCAUACAACACGCACCAGCGAACCGCCUCCCGUAAGACUAGGAUUACUCUGUUUUAUGUAUAUAAAAGUCAAGUAUCUAUAAUUUUAUGAUAUGUUUUUUUUUUAAUUAUUGUUAUUCAUUGGUGUUCUAUAGUUUAUCAUUCGAUAUUUGAACAGCACCAGUUUAUAAUAUGUUAGGUUAAUCGGUAUUACAAAUAACAUUAAUAGUUUUGUUUAUGUAUCAUUCGAAAUAGAGGUUUGUCAAAUCAUAUUUAUAGGUAAACAUUUUACAUUAUCCCGUCACACACUAUAGUCACAUGAUCAAAAUUCCGACGAUAGACUUUGUAGUGACUAUAUAUAGAAACAAGUUUCGUAUAUGUUAAGGAUCAAGGUAUCUUAGUAACUCAAUAUACUUAUAGCUCACAC